AUAAACUGGUUGGGUGUGUCACGUUAACUCUCUCAAGUUCUUAGAGAAUUCACACCAUCUCGCAUUCCUGUCUGUCGCUCCAGGGACUCACACCUCUCCAUAUGGAUUUCUCUAACUUUAGGCUGCCUUUGCUCAUUUUGGCCGCUCUUGGAUGCUGUUCCGCGAACGGCCCACUUCUCGACACCACAACGAAAGGCGUUAUCGGUAAAAAUGUGACCUUCAAGACAACAAUCACCUCAACACAGGAUUUUCUAACCAUAACAUGGAAUUUCAACAAAAAUUCAGUAAUUUCACCGAUAAUUACAAAUGUCCUAGUAACAAACACCAAUAACAUUGAUAAGAAAUACGCCAGCAGAAUCAUCUACAAUAAUACAACAGGUGAGCUUCAGCUCGGGCCGCUGGUGAAGGAAGAUGAAGGGGAAUAUAAUCUCAAUAUAGUCACUAACAAAGGAGAUUCACUGUCCGGACAGAUUGAUCUUGAAGUUCUUGAACCCAUAACUGAUGUCAAGAUUUCAUCCAAUCUACCUGAACCUGUAGAGUUCAACAGCACUGUGGUUCUUUCCUGCUCUGCCAAAGGCUCCUUUACUUACAAGUGGCUGAACGAUUCAGUCCCGUUGGUGGUGGAUGGCACACAUAUAAAACUGAAUGCAGCUGGCAAUGAACUAACUAUUGCUGAAGUUCACCGUACAGAUCUGCGAGGACCUAUCAUCUGCAUUGCAGAGAAUGCACUGGAGUCAGGGAAGAGCCCUCCCUUCAAUCUCACUGUGAGCUAUGGCCCAGAGAAAGUCGUCAUGACACAAACUCCAACAGAUUCAUUCCUCAAGAAAGGUUCUAACUUAACCCUCGCAUGCUCAGCCCAGUCUGACCCUCCUGCUCAGCUUCAGUGGAUGUUUAAUGGGGAGGCGAUACCUCAGAAGACCACGGCCAACAUUACCCUCACCAGUAUAGAGGAAAAACACAGUGGAAACUAUAGCUGUGUGCCCUACAAUGCAAAGACCAACCGCUACGUUUCCUCGCAGGUUGCUGUGGUGUCUGUUCUGGAGGCCUUAUCUGGAACACAUAUCUCCAGCUCCUCAUCAGUUCUCAUCGCUGGCAACAGCACGGUCAACAUCACCUGCUCUGCAGCUGCCGGUAAAGCUGAAAGCGUGGAAUGGCUGAAGGACAGCAAAUCUGUGGCUUCUAGUGACCGUAUAGUUCUCUCAGCUGACAAGAAUACUCUGACCAUUGUUAAAGUUGUUAAAGAGGAUGCUGGCAACUACACGUGCCAACUAAAGAACAAAGUUAACAAAGACGAAAGCACCUAUGUGAUGGUGAUCAACUAUGGUCCAGAAAGUGUGAAAAUAGAAGGGAAGAAGGCAGUGAAGUUUGAAGAACGUGCAGUAUUAAAAUGCUCUGCAGACUCUGUUCCUCCCAGUAUAUUCUCAUGGAAGCUCAAUGAUACAGCAAUGAACAGCAGCCAGGCAGACAAUAUUAUUGAGAAGGCCAGUGUCAAGAACAGUGGCACGUACACCUGCAAGGCAUUCAACCCUAUCACAGGAAUGACGAAAACAAUGACACACAAUCUCGCAGUCACAGAGGUCGGUACAGUAGACGAGGGCCUGUCUGGUGGAGCCAUUGCUGGGAUUGUAAUUGCCGUGCUUGUGGCCGUGAUCAUCCUCGCUUGUAUUAUAAAGUGCAAGAAAAAGUCAGGCACAGACAUUCCAUCUCCAUAUUAAAUCGAGAUGUGGCGGUGAAGUGACCCGAGCAUAUCUUCAAGAGCAACCCUUCAGCCAUUUAUCAGUCUUUUUUUAUCUGCAAAAGCCUUCUAUCAAGGCAACUGGAAAAACUGCCCUCACAAGUGACUUAAUACUGAAGGUUUGGCCCUUUCAGGAGCUCAGCGUGUUUAUAAAUGUCCAUUGUUUUUCUGUUAUACUCUGUGCAAACGUACCCCAAUCUUAAGGACACGAUAGAGGUCGACGGCGAGACCGUUUACCCUUAUCUGCAUCUCUUCCUUCCCUUGGCUGAAGUGGACAGCUUCCUUUGUUUCUCAAGAAACAUGAUCCAGCCUCCAUCACCCUCUCAAUCCUUCACCUGACCCUAAACCGACAGCUCGGCUUGACGUCACAGAGGUCAGUUUGAAAGAGCUCUGUUUUGGGUAACAAAAUCCACCCUGAAAUGCACUGAGGGGUGACGAGACCAUCACGUGUUUGAGAUCUCAACGCACCCACAAGGCACUGAAACAUCGAGAUUUUAAGACCUGUUCAACAUGCCCGGAAGUCCCAAGGCAAUGAAGAUAUGCGGGGCCGACUUGACUUGAAGCUGAAGGCUCUGUUGAGCUGUCGAUGGAAGGUCAUUCGUGGCAAAGCGUGCCUUGCAGAUUAAAAGCUUCUUACACCUUUGCCAUGUUUUGCUACACUUUUUUAACCCCUCGUCUCUUCCCAUGUCUCUUAGUGAGCCAUACACAUUGUAUUUUAAGAGUAAGGCGAGAUCCAACAUGCUUGAACUCGGGAAGCGGGAAAAAAAAAUGCAUUUUUGCGGACAAUGACAUACCACAGUUUUGCAGCGAAAUUGCUACUCUGUCCUUGGGCGUCCCCACAACGAUUCGUCCUGCUGUAAUCAGGAUUCCAAUGGAUCUCUAAAACAGGAAUGUUUUCAAAAUCACCUUCAGUUAACACAAACAUAUCUGAAGUUUAAAUCUGAAAGUGUUUGUAUUAAUACGCUGAUUUAAGCUGAUUAUUGCAUUCCAGUAUGUGAGAUUUUUUUUUUCUUCUUAUCAACAGAUGUCUGAUACUGAUUCUUUCCUUCAUUUUUUCAUUCGAUUUUUUUCCUCUUCGACCAAGACAUGGAUCUUGAAGAUCUUGUAUUGAUCUGUUUGAUGUUGCGCAGAUCUCUUUAGAUAGAGAUGCAUCUGUAUAGAAUUUCAGCUUGUCUCAGCCAUAAUUCCUGGUAUUUCCCCUUCAUUUUUAGAGAUUUCUAAAUUAAUCCCUUCCUUUUUUGGAAAUAAUCUUUUUAAAGAUUUAUGGCUGAAAAAAAAAGCAAAAAGCCUCUGCUCUUUUAUGGCAAUAUAUUUUCAAUUGUAUUUCAAAAUAGACAAAAAAAUGGCCAAGUUAAAUAAAUUGCUGAAAAAUUUGCAUAAAUAUGUUUUUAAUAAGUUUUGGUUAAUUUUAUCUAUUUAUAUAUUUCUGGGACUUUUUUUUAAUCAUCAGUCUAA